AUGCAGGGUAUGGCUCCUGUUGGAAAGUUGACUGCUGCGGGCAAGAUGAUGUCCCUUUCCCGAACAGAAACCUUCGCAGCUGCCCAUAGACUGAGCAGCAAAUCACUGAAUGAUGCUGAGAACAAGAAACUAUUUGGAAAAUGCAAUCAUAGCCAUGGGCACAAUUAUAAAGUGACGGUGACUGUACGAGGCGAAAUCAACCCCAUUAGUGGCAUGUUCAUGAAUAUUUACACACUUCAGAAGUAUAUGCAGGAAGCCAUCAUGGAGCCGCUUGACCACAAGAACCUGGACCAAGAUGUCGAAUUCUUUGCCAGUGUAGUAAGCACGACAGAGAACUUGGCCGUGUACAUCUGGAACAACCUUGAAAAAAUCCUUCCAUCUGGAUGCCUGUAUAAAGUCAAACUCUAUGAAUCUGACAAAAACUUUAUUGUAUACAAGGGAGAAUAAAAAUCUAUAAGACUCAAAGUGG